CAUUUUAGUAGAAUUCCCAUAGUGUCGCCGAAGAAUAGAAUCGGGAAUAGAAUAAAAAUCGUUGAAGUUUCGCAAUGACGAAGCUAUUGUCCACUACUUCAGAGUGGUGCGUCAACUCAUUUCGCCCUAGAUUCCUUUCUCUGCUUCUAUCCCAUCGUCGUCCCAAACGCCUCAUUGCAAGACCUCUUUCUCUCUCUACAAGAUUGUCAGUCUGCUUAACGAUGGAUUCUUCUAGAGCCUGCCUUCUGAAUGAGAUGCCAGUGGGUUUAGAUACAGCCAAUGAGGAAGAAUAUUCUUCUCAGUCUAAAUUGCUUCAAGAAUUUGUAAAUAUCUCCGCCAUUGAUAAGGCUUGGACUUUUAAAUCUAACAAUGGAAAGGGCUCCCAGGCUAUGUUUUCAAUUAGCCAACCAAAUCUUCUAGCCAAUAAGAGGAGGAAACAUAUUUUAUCGAGUCAUAUUUCAAAAGAAAGUAACGGUUCCGUUAGCUUUCAAUGGGCCCCAUUUCCUGUUGAGAUGACAGGCGUCUCUGUUAUGAUUCCAUCACCAUCAGGUUCAAAGCUUCUUGUAGUUCGAAAUUCUGAAAAUGAAUCUCCCACUCAAUUUGAAAUUUGGGGCCCAUCUCAAUUGGAAAAGGAGUUUCAUAUUCCUCAAUCUAUCCAUGGUUCGGUAUAUUCAGAUGGAUGGUUUGAGGGAAUUUCUUGGAAUUCUGACGAAACUCUCAUUGCUUACGUUGCUGAGGAACCUGCCCCUUCCAAGCCUACAUUUAAUGAUUUGGGCUACAAGAAAGGUGGUUCCACAGAUAAGGACUGUGGUAGCUGGAAAGGUCAAGGGGAUUGGGAAGAGGAUUGGGGGGAAACCUAUGCUGGGAAAAGGCAGCCUGCACUAUUUGUCAUCAAUAUUAACAGCGGAGAGGUACGCACUGUUGAAGGAAUUGGGAAGUCGUUGAGUGUUGGACAAGUUGUGUGGGCUCCCUCAACUAAAGAACUACAGUAUUUGGUUUUUGUUGGUUGGUCAUCAGACACAAGAAAGCUUGGUAUUAAGUACUGCUAUAAUAGGCCUUGUGCCUUGUAUGCAGUCACGGCUCCGUUUCAUGAAUCACAAGCCAAAGAACUUCAAUCUGAAGGUAAUGCAACCAAAGAAGUGACCGCGCUCAAUUUGACUCAAAGCAUAAGUAGUGCUUUCUUUCCACGGUUCAGCCCAGAUGGGAAGUUCCUUGUGUUUUUAUCUGCAAAAAGCUCUGUAGACUCUGGGGCACAUUCUGCAACAGAUUCACUUCAUAGAAUUGAUUGGCCAACUGACGGAAAGCUCAGUCCAUCUGCAAAAAUUGUUGAUGUGGUUCCUGUUGUGAUGUGUGCCGAGGAUGGUUGCUUUCCUGGGCUUUACUGUUCAAGUUUCCUUAGUAAACCUUGGCUUUCUGAUGGAUGCACGAUGAUUUUAUCUUCCUUCUGGGGUAGUACUCAAGCGAUUCUCUCUGUGAAUGUAUUGAGCGGAAAUGUAUCACGAAUCAGCCCUAGUGACUCAAUUUUUUCUUGGGAUGUCCUUGCACUAGAUGGGGACAAUAUGGUUGCUGUAUGUAGCAGUCCAGUUGAUGUCCCCCAAAUCAAGUACGGUUAUUUUCUUGAGGAUGCAUCUUCGCCUGCCUCGUGGGGUUGGCUAGAUGUUUCAAGUCCCAUAUACAAAUGCUCCGAGAAGGUUAAGAGUUUGCUCUCAUCUCGUCAGUUUAGUAUAAUGAAGAUUCCAGUCAGGGAUGUUUCUGAGAAUCUUACAAAAGGUGCCAGAAAACCUUUUGAAGCUAUAUUUGUAUCCUCCAAUUCCAAGAAAAAUGACACGUGUGAGCCACUAAUUGUAAUACUUCAUGGGGGACCUCACUCUGUCUCAUUGACGAGCUAUUCAAAGUCCUUGGCAUUCCUCUCUUCAAUUGGUUACAGCUUGCUGAUUGUAAAUUAUAGAGGUUCAUUGGGAUUUGGUGAGGAAGCAUUGCAAUCUGUCCCAGGGAAAAUUGGAUCUCAGGAUGUCAAUGAUGUGCUCACUGCUAUAGAUCAUAUUGUGGACAUGGGACUUGCUGACCCAUCCAAAAUAGCAGUACUUGGCGGUUCCCAUGGUGGCUUCUUGACAACCCAUUUGAUUGGCCAGGCGCCAGAAAAGUUUGUUGCAGCAGCUGCAAGGAAUCCUGUUUGUAACCUUGCUUUAAUGGUUGGUACAACUGAUAUCCCAGAUUGGUGCUAUGUGGAGGCCUGUGGAGUUGAGGGAAAAUCUAGCUUUACAGAAGCAUAUCCAGCUGAACAUCUUGCUCUCUUUUACGAGAAGUCACCUAUUUCGCACGUCUCAAAGGUCAAGACACCAACAAUUUUUCUUUUAGGUGCUCGUGAUCUCCGUGUUCCAGUUUCUAAUGGUUUGCAGUAUGCACGUGCAUUGAAGGAGAAAGGAGUUGAGAUUAAAGUGAUGGUGUUUCCCAAUGAUGUACAUGGAAUCGAGAAACCACAAUCCGACUUUGAAAGCUUUCUCAAUAUUGGAGUCUGGUUCAAGAAGUAUUGUAAAUAAGCAUCCACUUCAGAUCUUUGUUACCCUUCUGAUGGGGAUACGCUGCUCAAGUAUAAACUCCAUUUGGUUAAUAAUGUAAUUUAAUAGGGAAUUACUGGCAUAAUCAUUUUAAAUUAUAAGUGUUUUCUUGCUGAAGCAUGCUGUGGAAGGAUUUCGGAUACGACAAUUUCAGUGUUGCUCUACAUAAUGUAAUAUUAUCAUCUGUAGGAUUAACUGCUGUGGCCAAUUCGGCGGCAUAUCCAUAAAUUCUAAAACUGGUUAUAUGAACUUUGAACACAAGAAGAUUCAGGCCAUUCCUUUUAUUGAUCCCA